AUGCACGCGCCCGUUGCACUGGCGAGUCGGCCGCCCGCGCGCGGCCUGCGGUGGCCGGACCCCUCGGCGCCGCUGGCGGUGCUGGCGGUGGAGGGGCGGGAGGAGCGCGCGGACCAGGGGGGCUCGCGCGCGCAGCGCGUGGCGGCGCAGGCCCUCGCCGAGCGCGACGGCGGCGGCGGCGGGCGGCGCGACGGGUCCUUCCAGAACGUGGACGAGGCGCGCGCGGCGCUGCGCGCGGUGGAGGCGCUCGCGGCCGGCGGCGACGUGAAGAGCAUCGCCCUGCUCACGCCCUACCGCGGCCAGGUGCGGGUGCUGGAGCGCGCGCUGCGCGUGCUGGGCGACGGCUGGCUGCCAGCUGGCGUUGACCUGGUGGUGUCCAGCGUGGACGCGUUCCAGGGGCGAGAGGCGGACGCGGUCGUGUUCUCCGCAGUCAGGUGCAACGCCCGCGGCAGCAUCGGCUUUGUGGCGGACCCGCGGCGGCUCAACGUAGCCAUCACCCGGCCCAAGUGCGGCCUCGCCGUCGUCUGCUCCCCGCGCACGCUGGCCGCCGGCUCGCACCAUUGGGACGCGUUCCUGCGCCACGCGGCCGCGCGCGGCGCGGUCGUGGCCGCAGACGCGGCGCUGCCGCCGCCGCGGCCGCGGGACGGGCCCGACCCCUUUGACCCAUUCGCGGCGCGGCGGCUCUCGGGCUUCGGCUAG